UAGCUCAUUCGUACUUCAUAAUGCUCAAAGACAAAAAUUGCUUUCUAAUUUAAUAUUUGUAGAGAAACAGUCAUAAUUAAUAUUAUUUCCAAAUUUUUCAAAAUGACUCUUAAUAUCGAUGAACAGACAGUUGUUCAGUAUUUACGUGAUACCCUGGCGCCAGUUCCAUUUGACGAUCUGGUGACAGAGUUUAGCGGUGCGCAACCCGAUGAAGCAAUUCGCAAGCAAACCAAAGCUCAGCUGCAAAGAGUCCUUAUUAAAUCGAUUAACUUUGGGUUAAUAAUGCAUUGCAACAAUCACUUUUACUCGGCAACGCAUGCCGAAGAUCUCCAAGAAAUGCUUGAAAAUGAAUCAGACAGUGAUGGGUCGUCCGAUCAUAGCAUAAUUUCCUUUUCAAGUUGCGAGUCUUUCACCAACAAGCCUUUAACAGUUGAAGAUAUGGACGAAGUGGAGACCGACGAAAAAAGCUCAACUAGCAGCGUAGAACUAGAAAAUCAGGUGAAAGCUCAUCAAUAAAUUGAACUCUUUUUUUUAACGAUUGUUCGUGCUAAAUCUGAGGCAACGGAGCUGAUCCUGAAAAUAUGUAUAUAAAUUGGCAUAAAGUUAUGUAAAAAAUUUUUUAUCUAGUUUUCAAUGAAAAUGUCUGGAAAAUUACAACGCAAAAGUUAACCAUAAAAAGCAAAUAGACAACAUGUGUGGCAAUAUGUGUUUGAUUUUAUCCAGGCGACAACCACCCUAAAGUAAGCAAGGCGGUAUUGGUUGAGAAUAAGCUGUCAAAAUUUUGGAACGAGUUCUUCAGCUUAGGAAAUAAAUACAAAAUAACUUUCAAUGUCUUCGAGUAGGUGUCCAUAGUCUCCCAAGUACUAAGUGCCUUACUUUACCGACUGACAGAGUUGGAGCAACAUGAGGCCGAUAUGCGAUAUAUGAUCAUGCCUAAACUGCCCAACAGCCACUCAAUAUGCACAAGUAUUGUGUCGGCUGAUAAAGAAAUUGGCCAAGAACGUCGGACGAGAGGAAUUUCUGCAGUGUAGCAGCAUGGUGCUCUUUGAUGAGCAGAAGAAAUGCGACCAACCUUCCUCACCGGGCGGAUCACAGGGUGCACAGAAUCCAAAGAAGUCAUGUAACCUGGAAUCAUAUCUGGUCUGGUCGGCACGUCUGCGUGAGUUUGUUUGCAAUGAGAUACUGCAGUUCAGAGGAAUUGAAGAGCGCAGUGGGACAGUGGAACUUUGGAGAGGAGUGGCUCAUAGUUGUCUGUUUGUUGGCAACUAUCAUAGCGCGACGGGAACUUUGGAGUCCCUAAGAUCACCAGCAAUAGCCAGGCUUAAGAUUACGUGGAACAAAUUACAAGUGACAAGCCGGCAAUUAGAUUGCAUGCAGCGACAUGCCGAAGGACCUUCACACUUUUGGCCAAAGCAGGCAAGCGGAUUGAAUGAGCAACAAACACAAAGUCAAAAGGUGGACAUGCAGGCACAAGUUUCGAAAACGAGUGAGGCAUACAUAUCAUUAGCAGCUCGAAACUUUGCUGAUGAUGUAACGAAAACAUCCUCUUCAUGUGUGACACAAGUCGAUUUGGACGAGACCCUGACGGCUUGUGCCAGUGGAAUCCCACACAGUUCUAAUAUGAAUGAAACGGUCAAUUUAAUGAAGGAGCAACCGCUAGUGGUAAAUGUGAGUGGCAGCAGCAAUGAAAUCUCAACUACAACAACAACCGAUAGUGGAAAGCCAAAUGAUUGGGUUCUUAUUCCAGUGUUUGCGGAUAUUAUGAUACUGGCACUGGCCGAACGUGUAAACUGUUUGCAGCGCUUACCAAAUGGCCAUAUCAAUAUAAACGCCUUAAAUCGGAUGGGGGAUCGUAGGAGCCUUUACAAAUUACAUGCAUUCGAUUAAAUCUGAGUAGGCGUUGUCUAGCGGCGAGUGCACGCACUUCUGCUCCCAAAUGCAGCUAUCGACCAAACUCAGUGAAACGGGUAAGAGAAAUUAUAUUUGCGA